CGCGCGAGAGAGGAGCGCGUACGCUCUCCCUCCGUCGCGUCGCGCCGCGCGGUGCACCGCGCGCCGUCCGUCCACCUUUCGCGUUGCCGCGAGUGCACGGGAUAAAAUGGCGCUUGCUUUCGUCCGUGCACCUCUAUCGACCGUGACGAACUGCACGGCGGAAUCGCGUCGGCACCGUUCGCCGCGGCCCUUCUGAGGGAACGUCCUGAGCGACGUCCCGCCGACGUCGUCGUCGUCGUCCUCGUUCCCCGUCGCGGCGGCGCGUUCCUCCGAUCGUCGACGGCUCCGCACGUCGCGUCGUGACCGUCGUGCCCCUUUCUUCGCUCGGGGUACCGUGCGUGUGUAUGUGUGUAUGUGCCAAGUGCCGGAGCAUCGCGGGAGCUAUCGCGGCGAUUUCGGAACGGCUGUCUGCGGAGCGGAGCGGAUCCGGAGCGAGCUCUAUAGACGCAGCAGCUGGUGAAAUCCAACCGUAUCGCCAUGUAAAGUAAGAAAGAUUGAUCUCCGUUCACCAUUAAAGGAAGUCACGCGUAAUAAAUGAAGCAAGACGACAGUUCUGUGAUAUAAACUAUUGGGCAGCAUUGUAUUCAUAACGUUAUCAUUCGGUCGUCACCGAGACAAGAAAUAUCCGAAGAACGUGUGACUCACUGCCGUGUGUGAAUCCGUUGGAAGAAUUCUAAAGCUAAAUAAGAGCGGCCGUCGGAGCGAUAAGCUGGAGCACAAGCGGGCAGGCAAAGUAGUGGCCGCUGAAGAAGGCGGAGGUGGUGUCGACGAAGAGGGUGAAGGAAUCCGGCGGUAGCUAUCAGUGGCUGCACGUCGUCGGCUGCCGUGACGCGCAAGACGACGACGCGACGCGAAGCGCAAGGGGAGGCAUGAGGAGACGAGAGUGACGACGCUCUGCCGGUGUGCUGCAUCCUCUCGCACGGAUCGUGAGAGGACCGGCGGCCGUCCAACGCGGCGGCAGUGGGGCCCACACGGAGAUAAGAAUGGCCCCCUUCAAUAUGGCGAGCGUAGCAGGCCUCCUAGCCACCUGCGCCGCCGUUGCUGCUUCCGCUGCCCACCUUCUGCCGUUGCUGCUGUUGCUAAUCUGCCCGCGAGGGACCCAGGCGGAACAAGUUGUUCUCUUGGACACGACGACGGAAGAGAAACUCGACUGGACGAGAUACCCGUUUGGGCCUCAAGCUAACACUCCUGGCUGGGUAGAGGAGUCGUUUACGAAUUUCGACAAGGGUAUCAAUUGGCGGAGUUAUGUUGUGUGCGACGUAGCGUACACCAACGUAAACAAUUGGCUGUGGACGCCGUUCAUAGAGAGGGGCCCGGCGAACCGCAUGUACAUAGAAAUCAAUUUCACGACUCGCGACUGUUCGCUGUUUCCCGGGAACGCUCUCAGCUGUAAGGAGACCUUCAGUCUACUCUACUACGAGUUCGACGCCGCGACCAAGGAGCCACCCCCGUGGGAGCCGGACAGUUACAAACUUAUUGGUCGGAUAGCCGCGGGCGAGGGUAGGUUCAACACGAACACCGAGGUGGUGAUAAACACCGAGGUGAAGUCGAUCCCGGUGACGAAGAAGGGCGUCUACUUCGCUUUUCGUGACCAGGGCGCCUGUAUAUCGAUCCUAGCCAUCAAGGUAUACUACAUCAGCUGCCCCGAGAUCUCGGUGAACUUCGCCCAUUUCCCAGCCACGCCGACCGGUCGCGAGGUUGCGCUUAUCGAGCAAACGCGCGGCACUUGCGUCCCGAAUGCCGUCAAAAUCGCCCAGCCGACUUUCCUCUGCAAGGGAGACGGCAAAUGGUACCUCCCAACGGGCGGAUGCCACUGCAAGCCCGGCUACCAAGCUGACGUGGACAAGCAAGAAUGCAAGGAGUGUCCGAUAGGCAAGUUUAAACACGAGGCGGGUUCUCAAGCUUGCGAGCCAUGCCCGGAGCACAGCAAAGCCUCCGAUUACGGCUUCACGGAGUGUCGUUGCGAUCCGGGUUAUUAUCGGGCGGAAAAGGAUCCCAAAAAGAUGCCUUGCACCCAACCACCUUCGGCGCCGCAAAACCUGACCGUCAACUUUGUCGAUCAGUCUACAGUGAUCCUUUCCUGGAACGCGCCGCAUAUGCAGGGUGGCAGAUCCGACACGACUUACAGAGUGGACUGCGAUUCCUGCAGCAUGGGCGUCAAAUACAUUCCCAAUACCGAGAUCUUCAACGACACGAAGAUCACGAUAACCGGCCUGAACGCGGUGACUACUUAUCGCUUCCAAGUGUUCGCCGAGAACGGCGUAUCGUCGUUGGUCGGCAAAUCGGAAUACGUGGACAUCACCGUCACGACGGAGGCGAGCGUGCCGAGUCUCGUGAGCAACGUCAGGAUCACGAGUGUCAAGAGCUCGGAGCUCAGCAUCAGCUGGGACGCGCCGGACAUCGGGACCGGCGGAGACAACGAUCUUGUCGAACGAUACGAAGUGAAGUGUUACCCGCGCUACGACGACGCCACUAAUGCAACCGUCAUUCAAACGUCCGAGCUGUCUGCCACGUUCAAAGGUCUCAAGCCUUCCACGGAUUACGCGAUACAGGUUCGCGCUAAGACCACCCGCGGCUGGGGCGAGUACACGCCGGUGAUAUUUAAAAAGACACCCCACGCCAUGGGCCUAGACUACGUUGGCGAGGACGACAACAUGCAAGUUAGGAUAAUCGCAGGGGCGAUCGUUGCUGUGGUUGUACUUCUCGUGAUUAUUAUUAUCAUGACUGUUCUGAUUCUUAGAAGCAGGGCCUCGGAUGAAUGCAACAAGAAGCAGCCGAGCGACUGUGACACCCUGGAAUACAGAAACGGCGAAGGACUAGUUGUGACCUACAUGCACUGCAAAAUGGACAGUUCACCGAUUGUGACAACCCAUACCAACAACAAGAGCAAGUCCUCGCUGACCACGCCGCUGUUCACACCUGCAGUGGGGGUCGCCGCGGCGGGCGCAGGCGGCGCAGGCGGUGCAGGUGCAAGGAGUUACGUGGAUCCUCACACCUAUGAGGACCCGAAUCAGGCGGUACGCGAAUUCGCCAGGGAAAUAGAUGCUGGAUAUAUCACGAUAGAAGCCAUCAUAGGUGGUGGAGAGUUCGGCGAUGUGUGCCGAGGGAAGCUAAAAUUGCCUCCCGACGGACGGACAGAGAUAGACGUGGCCAUAAAGACCCUGAAGCCGGGCUCCGCAGACAAGGCCCGUAACGACUUUUUGACAGAGGCGUCGAUAAUGGGUCAGUUCGAGCAUCCCAACGUGAUAUUCCUACAAGGCGUAGUGACGAAAAGCAAUCCGGUGAUGAUCAUCACGGAGUUCAUGGAGAACGGUAGCUUGGACACUUUCCUGCGCGCGAACGACGGCAAGUUCCAAGUGCUCCAGCUGGUGGGCAUGCUGCGCGGCAUCGCUAGCGGUAUGCAGUACCUCGCGGAGAUGAACUACGUGCACCGUGAUCUUGCCGCGAGGAACGUGUUAGUCAACGCCGACCUGGUUUGCAAGAUCGCCGAUUUCGGACUCAGUAGAGAGAUCGAGAGUGCCACAGAGGGAGCUUACACGACCAGGGGCGGCAAAAUCCCGGUACGGUGGACGGCACCGGAGGCGAUAGCGUUCCGUAAAUUCACGAGCGCUUCCGACGUUUGGAGCAUGGGUAUCGUAUGCUGGGAGGUGAUGUCGUACGGCGAGAGGCCGUACUGGAACUGGUCGAAUCAAGAUGUGAUAAAGUCGAUCGAGAAGGGCUACAGGCUUCCAGCGCCGAUGGACUGUCCGGAAGCGAUCUAUCAGCUGAUGCUCGAUUGCUGGCAGAAAGAGCGCACCCAUCGGCCGACCUUUGCCAAUCUCACACAAACUUUGGACAAGCUCAUACGAAGUCCGGAUACGCUGAGAAAAAUCGCUCAGAACAGAAUCAGGGAAAGGGGUGCUCCACCCUCGCCCCCACCUGCCUCAUCGGAAUCUUCCAACGUGCAUUUGAGAAACAGGGGCACAAAUCCACUGGCGCCGGACGCGGUAGACCUAACGCAAUUGAAUUCCGUCAGCGAGUGGCUGGCUUCCAUCAAGAUGUCACGAUACGCGGAGAGCUUCGAGCGGGCGGGCGUGACGACGCUGGAGGCGGCGGCGCGCGUCACCGUCCAGGAGCUCACGGCCCUCGGCAUCACGCUCGUGGGACAUCAGAAGAAGAUCAUGAACAGCGUGACGGCGUUACGGGCGCAGAUGUCCGCCACCUCGCAGGGUUUCCUCGUGUAACCGCGGCCGCGACCUCAAAUCCCGCGAACGGAUCGUACAUAGAAAUCAGCUGAUCGGCAGAGAACAUCGCUACUCCAUGGAUCUCACGAAUUUCCGCUCAUUCGAGGCGCCUCGACGCGUCGCCUCCGAGGUGGGAGACGACGACUUCCCCUCAUGUAUCAUCUAGGACUCGUGAUUACCUAGUCAGAGCGACGAUGUCCUCGAGAGAAUAUUUCUUCGCGCGCGAAUAGAUCCGACGAACUUAACGGCGAUUGACUCGAGAUGAAGCUUUCACAUCUCCGAAGCGAUACGCGAACGCCGUCUUAUAACCGAGAGAUUCUCAAGCACUCGGUGCUGCAGACAUUCCACGUUAGCGAGAGUCAAAGGAAAGUCCAUUCUUCGCAUUUACGACUUCUCUCAGGAACGAGGGAGGAGUACGAGGACCACGCAUUCGCCAUCUCGCAUCUAUACCACGUGCAACGACUUUUACCGAAUUCGUAGAACGAUACACCUAUCACAGAACUUCUACGAUCUAUAAGUGUCAAAGAAAUCGCCGUGACGCGAGCCUAACGAGAACGGAUAAUUCACGAAGCUCGUUUCAGGACGUCCUGAAAGAUCGGGAUGAAAGGCUCUUAACGGGAUCAAUGUAACAUACCGAAAGACUCUCCUACGAACAACGAGCGCCAAUACUCUUUCGUAUUUCUCAGGCCGUUUCCGAUGACCGAUCUACCUAAAGAUCAGACUGACGACGGAAAUAAACGAGCCAUCCCUAUAAUCACUGCCGCGAAAUCUUUCGUCACUAAUGAACGCUCUCCUUUUAGUUUAAAGUACUUGUGUAACAACUGUUGGAUUGUACACACUGUAUAUUUUUCUUCGGAGACUUUUAUUCAGAUUUACAGCCGAAUUGUUUUUUCUUACUAUUCUAUUAUCGCGCUAGGUUUUGUAACAUUUUGUACUGAACGGCAGCUCAUUUUAGUAUGUAUCUAAUAGAUCAUUGAACGGCUAACAUAUCGGCCUAAAUGUCGUUCGAAUAUGUCUGUUCCUGGCCUCUUUUCUUAAGUAUACUAAAGUUACGUGUUUAUCGAAUGAUCGACAUAGCAAUACGCAUCUGACAAGGAAAACGAUGAUUAGAGAAAUAAAGAACCGUAUCACGAGAGAAACGUACCAAAAAAACGGAUCGUAAUAGUUUCCGAGAUUUCGGAGAUCGAUAACGUGACAACAAUGUAGGUACAUUAUUUCAUGUAGCGAAUGUAGCGAGUGCAUUACACUAUUGCGCGUAUGUCGCUUCGGCAAUGUAGGUACAUCGAUCGAGAGCAAGGGCGAACGUUAGCGAGAUUGUCAUUAUUAACUCUUUAACGCUAAAUUACGAUUCAGGCCUUUGUGUUACCUGUACAAGAACGUCGUACGCGCGGCCUACAAUUUAGGUAUACCUUUCGAUUGUAACGACAAACGGCGAAACGAACGAAGCGGACAUGUGCCAACGCAAGUGUACAGGUGUUACUUUAGCCCGAGACUGCGUGACACGGGAUAAACGAGCGGAAAACGAGAGGACGCGUGAAUGCGAGUGCGAAUGAAAUUGCGUUGGUGAGUGGACGAGAGAAUCUACUGCGACUCAUUUUUCGCGCUAUAUUCGUAUGUACACGAGCGUGCGAUCACGAAAAAUCAUUCUAUAUAUAUAUACAUAUACACAUAAAGAUAGGUAAUGUGUUACAAAUACGACGCUGCGAAAUAAGGGACGAGCGAAGAGUGAAACUCUCUAUCGACAGAAAGCACAUGAGACAUCCGUUCGUGCGGAAAAACGGUUUCAAACGCGUCCCUUAUUAGCGAGCAAUGCGUUAACAUAUCAACAUUAUCGCGGAAAUGCAAUGCGAGCGGAAGAAGGGACGCGCUCGCUCACUCGAGAUCGAGUCGAAACUAUAGUAAACUACUCCGUUUGAUCUCCGAUUCUUCCCUUCGGAUCCUAGCGAGUGACAAAAGAGAAAAGCCAGCCGGAAAAAAAAGAGAAUGAAUGUAAAGUCAGAGAGAGGGUGUAAGAUAUACGCGGACAAAAUACUCACGUAUACGCGAGCGACGAAGCGUGCGACUGAUACGGGGCACGCGCGUCCACUGGGUAAACUCUUUUUUAUUUUCACAGUCCGACCGACGAGUUUCCUCGCGAUGCAACGUCCAUUCCAAUAUACAUGUAUCCAUAAUAGGAAACCGUUUCUUUUCCUUAGAAAACGCGAGAGAAAGCGAGAUAGAGCGGACGGAGAGGCUUGCUUGACCGUAUCUCGUUACAUCCGCAUUCGUGUAAAGACUGCAUCGAUAUGUAAGUAUCCUCGGGAUACACACACGUUACCGGCGACUUGUCUUAAAAGCGACCAACGGAGCGGCAGACAUAUAUGCGUACGGAAAUAUUGCGCGUUGAGAUUAAAACGGCUUCCAAGUGAGUUCGGCGAGCCACGGAGAAAUUCUUUUAAUUUUCUAAUUUAACGGUUUAACGCUAGUAACAUAGUCGAUGAUGUAUAUCGAGCUUAGAACAUAUGUACCUGGAAGGAGAAUGAAGGAUCGAGCCUGUGUCCAAGUUGGGUGCGAGAGAGAGAACCACGUUUUUUAAGGAAAGAGAAAGGUAGAUUAGUAAUUCCUUCGUCCGCAAUGCGCAAGCGCGGAUAGCACGAUGAGCGGGACGUCAUCUCUACGCUGGCGCAUUGUGGGCAAAAGUUAUCAAUCUACCUUUCUCUCUCGCACCCAACUUGGAGUACUUGGACCGACUUGGACUGUGGACACAGAUCCUUUCCACGAGAAGCAUAGACAAUUCCUCUUCCAGGUAUAUAUGUUGUAAGAUAUCGAGGCAACGUUGGAUCGCGAUGAGUAAAAGCGGGCGGCGCGCUUUGGGAGGCGAGAUUCCUCGCGCUCGAUCAGAUACAAUUAAGACAACGACAAAGCGAAUGUCUUUCGCGUUUCCAGCCAAUUCUCGCCCAUUCCCUUCUUUAAUCAAAGAAGAGGCGAGAGUCGCGCCUGCAAAGCGCCAAACCGGUGAUUAAAAUCGAUCGGUUUCGCUUUUGUCUCGAAGCACGAUCCAACGGUGCUUUCCUUGUAAACGAAAUGUUUGCUCGAAGUUACACUCCGGGAUGAAGAAUACCAGGAUGCGCUCUGGUAUCUUUUGACUCGCCGUACUUCCUUCCGCGUAAGACGUAUCGAUAAAGAAAACGGAUAGGGGAGAGCGAAAAAUAUCGGAAGGCCGCACGGCGAUGACAAAAUCUCCCUUAGGAAAAAGGAAAAGAGAGAGAAAUAGAGAAGGCUACCGAAAAACGGCGAUUAAGAAGCAAUAAGUAAAUACACGCAAAUGCAGAUUUUUAUAUAGAAAAUGUUAACAAAUUUCAGAAAAUAUUAAUUAUCGAUAGCGCUAUCUUCCUAAAUGUUCGUAAUUAAAGAUUAAACGAAAAGAAAGGUACGAUAAAAUGUAAGGGCGAGACUGCGUGGGGUCCGGGCCGAAAGGGAAGCGAAAGAAAGGGGGAGUCGCGCGCGAGGCGAAUUCGCGCCGCGAUCUCGAUUAUAAUGACCCCCCUUCCCCCCCUGGUAAUAAUUCGGCCGGGAUCCCGCGAGCGGGAGAAAAAAGGUCUUAAGAACUUUCUCAAGCUGUAACUGUCUGUGUUUUAGCGACGAGUCUGCGAGUGCGACCUGAAAGUUUUGCGGAUGCCGAUUAAUUUCGAUAUGUAGAUUUCAUAGAGCUCUAUCAAUAUCACACAGAAACACACACACGGCCACGUGUUAGGCACAGGGGUAGAGAAAGUACGCGAAAACCGAGAAUUGUAUUAGUUGAGAGAGUAGGUAUGUCGCGUAGGACUUCUCCGAUUUUGUUUUUUUUUUUUGUUCCCUCGACUCCUCCGCGGAAACCUUAGGUCUGUUCCCGUUCUAUAACUUUUUCCUGUUUUUGUUUUUACAGAAAUUUACGAAAUUACGCGUUACACUCUUUCGGUAAAAAAUUUUUCAUAUAAAAACAUAAAUAUAUAUAUAUAAUUAUACAUAUUAUGUCCAUAUAUGUCUUC